AGAAGAAGAAGAAGAAGAAGAAGAAGAAGAAGAAGAAGAAGAAAGAAGAAGAAGAAGAAGAAGAAGAAGAAGACACGUAGUUAGAUUUAUUAUCAUCUAGAAAUUUAAACUCUCUGAUUUUAUUUGGUUUGUUGCCUAAUAUGCUUAUUAAUUUAAACUUAAUCUUGAGUCCAUUGGUAUGUAGUUAGAUUUAUUAUCAUAUAUGUUUUUUUUUUCUUGCAUAUUACAUAUAAUUUUAAUGAGUUGUUAUUAUGUAUGUUUGUUUCUGUAUUUAUUAAAUGUGCAGAUGGCUUAUAGACGUAGAGGUGGCUUGAAUGGAAGAGGUGCAAUCAUUCGCCCUCCAGGCUAUCGUAAUAUAGGGGUAGCAAAUCCUCACACUAUGGCUGAAGAUUUGAGUCAUGAGAUACCCGGUAAUAGUAUACCCACUCUGAUUCCAAAUACCCAGCUCCACACAACUACCAGCACACAAAAUCAAAUGCCUAUAGUUGGAGCUGCCACACAAGCACCUGUGAACAAUGUACCAAAUGGCGUACUUAACCAGGCUGAGGUGCCUAAUUCUAUGACUCAGUCAACAGCUCACCAGGAGCCCCAGAUAGACCAAGUUGAUUCAAUGCAUAAUAAUUGUAAUAUAAGUGUAUCUGAUGAGACAGGUAAUCCGGAAAAGGUUGAUUCAGUGUUGCAUCUUAAUGGAUUAUGGUUUACCCAUCGUGAUGUGGUUGAUAAAGUAUCUGGGACAUCAUAUAAGGCAUACUUUAAGGGACCAUAUUGCAAUUGGGGUAUGACUCCACUAGAUGUAAAACGAAGAUGGUGGAAUGCUUUCAAGCAAGAGUUCUCAUGGGAUCCAUCAAUAGCUAUGCAAGUUAAGAAGGGCUGGAAAUCAAAAUGCAGUAGGCGUAUUACUGAUAUGGUGUCAAAGAUUUGCACAAAACCUGACUAUAUUGCAGAAUGGUGCCCUCCUACGAUAAGGGAGCAAAUGAUUCAAAUUAGGUCAAAAGAAGAUUUCCAAGAAAAUUCAAAGCAAUGUUCAAAAAAUCGAAUGGGAAACGAAAACCCAAAAAUACACCAUCGACAAGGAUCUAUAUCUACUGAAGAAGUGAGGAUGAAAUUGGAAAAGAAACUGAAACGUAAGCCAACUGCUGCUGAGCUUUAUUACGAAUGUCAUGCUGAUAGCGAAGGUCAAUUUGUUAAUACCAAGGCAGAAAUGGUGUGGAAUGAAUUUUCAAGUAAAAAAGCUGCCAACCUUGAAUAUGAAAGUGAGAAUAAAAAAACAGAAGACGAGUUGUUCCUUGAGGCUGCAUGUGGGUGGAAUAAGAAGGGAAAAUUAUUUGGUUAGGGAGCAGCUGCUAACUCAUACUAUGAAAGACCAGGAACUGAAGUAAAGAGGGUAAAGAAAUCAAGAAUGCAGCAUGCAAUGGAGUUGGAGAACAAGUUUAUCGACCUCGUUACGGAGAAUGAAGAACAAAAGAAAGAGCUUGAUGCACCAAAACAGAGCCUAGUCGAAACUCAAAAAAGACUUGCGGAUACUCAAAAACAUUUUGAAGGCCCUUGAACAACAAGUGCAAAUGCUUCUACAAUCCAACAAAAUCUCAGUCACUCUUACAUCUACAUCUUCCCCGACUGAUGGAUGAUCAACACUAUAGUUGAUUAACAUGACUUUUUGUACAUGCAUGUAAAGUCAGUAAGUUAUUAAUUUGACAUGCUUCUAAAAUAGGUUCAAGCUAGGUAGCAUAUUUUGUAAUUACAUAUGGCACUAAAUAGGUUCAAGUUGGGUAGCAUAUUUUGAGGGCUUCUUUUAUAUUUAAGUUACAAUUCUCACAAGCUCUUCCCUUGAAGCUACAUAUGUAAUUAUGAACUUGGCCUUUAAAUAUUUGUUCAGAUCAUUGUUUUGGUAUAAAUUUCUUUUUUUUUU